AGUGCAGGGUGGCUGCAAAUCAAGUGUCGCUAAAAAUACCCCUCGUCCCUUCUUGACCUUCUGUGAGGUCACAGGUCACAGGUCCCGGAUCGGCCUGUAGUCGCUUUGUAAAUGGAGGGUGGGUGCAGGGGCUGCAGUCAGAGCGCGAGCAGGGACCGCCCCCUUGCCCCGCCCCCCUCCAUCCCCGAGCCCGUCGAGUCAACCGUUGACGCGUCGCCAUGGCAACGGGCGCACCGCCGGGGACCUGCUCGCCUCGCGUCUUGUUUAUUAGCGCGCUGAAGAGUCACAGUGUUGCCGAGUAACCAGCGGCGACUGGUUGGUCGAAAAGUCAAGAGUCUUUGUUGCUUUCGCUGCGUUGGAGAUACGGAAUUCUUCCCGACGACGCAAGUUCACUUAAAUCUGAUUGGCUUCUCUUCUUCCUUCCGCCACCAAGGGAGUCAAAGCCCCGUCAGCCUCCUUUGAUGGCGGGCUCGGUCUCACACAGUCGCGACGGGAGUCGAGACACUCUCUGUCCGCCCAGUUAGAACUCACAGACUGUCAAACUGAAUGUGUGGUUUUAUCGUCGGCACAUGCGACGUGUUUGUUGUUUGCUUCCCUUAACGUCCGUGUGACGAGGCGCGAGGCGAGUCACGUGACAGCUGUCCGAGCGUGACACUGGCGAGGGUCGAGGGUCGGGAGUCGAAGAGAGAAGAGAGAAGAUGUCGGACAUAUUGUGCAAGUGGCUGAACCAGGAGCUCCGACUGUCGAAAGCUGUUGAGCCAAAGACCCUUGCCAAGGACUUUUCCACUGGUUACCUAAUUGGGGAAGUUCUGCAUAAAUAUCAGCUGCAGAAUGAUUUCAGUAUGUUUAUGAGAAAAGACACCUCCACCUCCAGACUAAAUAAUUAUACCCGCCUUGAGCCCACCCUCCAGUUACUCGGAAUAUCCUUCGACAAAAACACAGUCCAGGAACUGACGCAGGAGAAGCCGGGCAUAGCCACACGCCUCCUCUACCAACUCUACGUCUCACUGGAAAAGAAGAACAGAGCAGAGAUCACUGGGACAGUGAUGGAAAUCAUGCAGCCAGCAACCAAUGCAGGCAUGCACAAAAGGGAGCAAGACAUCUACGCUGAUCGACUGCAUCAGUUGGUGAAACCUGACACAGAGCUGAAGCUGCCGAAGAUUUCUCAGCACUAUGAAGAGAAAUAUGAGCACUUGAACAACAGGUCUGUCGUGACCCAUCCCAUCCAGCAAAAGAGACCACUCAAAGGCCAGGAUGAGAAGCUGCUGAUGUGCCAUGAGAAGUACAGUGGUGUCCUGCCUUAUAACCAGGCCACUAUUGUCCAGGUACCUAAGCCGCCGCCCUACGCUUUACAGCUCAACCUAAAGAGGAGACGGCAGCAGCAGCAACGGCGAGAACAACAAGCAAAGAUGGUCCAGGCUGAAAUAGCCCAGUUUGAAACAAACAGGAAGAAAAUGGUUACUUCUGGUUUUGCUUCCUUUUCAAGUGGUCAGCCCAUCCCUGGAGCUUUUCCCAUCAGUGGCAGCAGCGGAACUAAGCUGAUAUUACAAUCCAAUAGCAAAUACAUACAGGAGAUCCGGCAGAGGCUGGAGGAGAAUGCUGUAGCUCGCGAGCAGAAAGAGCAAAGACUAGAUAGAUUCCUGGUGGAACAGCUCAAGGCCCAUGAAGCUCAAGAGGAGGCGCGGCGAGAGGAGCAGCUGGUGAAGCGUCUCACACGUCAGACUAAGCAGGAGCAGCGCUUGGCAUCACAGCUCCUCCAGAUCCGUCUGCAGAAGGAGGUGAUCCAGCAGAACCGACUGUUCAGAGAGCAGCAGUACCAGCAGCGGAGAGAGAGGGACUUCCACGAGGCACUGGAGAGGGAGGCGGCUUUGGAUCAGCAGGCCAAGUUGGAGCGUGCCGAUGAGAUCAGAAAGGAGCUUGAAUUCUUAAACACGAUAGCUGCUGAGCGAGCUCAGAGCAGAUACGACAAGCACUUUAAGAUCUGCAAGGACAUUUUGGAGCAGAUUGUGGACUUGGCCACCAAGGUUGGAGAAUAUCGACUGAUCACUGCGAAUCUGAUUCCAGAGAAGCGGAUGAGAGAGUGGAAGGAAUUGCUGAUCAGUGGUCUGCCUCUCUAUGAGCCGAUCAAGGGCCAGCAGCCUGGGUUUGAGUUGUCUACCUCACUAAAUCCUGUCGAGCUUAAGAAGCAGGAGAAACUCAACAACCUGGACUAUGAUGAAUACACUAACAUGGUAGGUGAGUGGACGUGGCCAGAGGAAGCAGGGGAGACCAAAUCACCCCCGACCAACAACAGCUUUCUCGGACAUGUUGUCCUGCGAGUGAGGAACAUUGUUCAUCCGCCCGCCGUGGAACUCACCUCAACUUCAUUUCCUCACUUCACCCUGAAAGCCUGUGUCCUGGGCAAGUUGUGCUCUGGCAAAACCACCUGCCUGGCCAAGAUCGCUAAAGCCCAUGGCAUCUGUGUCUUAUCAGCUGACACACUGGUUGAGGAAGCGCUGAAUGCUCACCAUAAUGGAGAGGAGGUCACAGAGCCGCCGGAGAAAAAAGAUAGUGAGCAACAACUCACGUCCUCCACAUCGCUGAUAUCUGACCUGGACACUCAAGAAGAAGGUAAAGAGAGUCAAGUAAAAUUGUCCACUCGGGCUAUGCAGGGAGCAACUGCAGAAAAAGAGCUGCGAAAUGGGAACGCCAUUCCUAAUGAGCUGUUAGUAGACAUUAUUGUCAAUGCCAUAAGGCAGGUUCCAGCUCGGUCAGGUUGGAUCCUGGAUGGCUUUCCAGUGGACAUCACCCAGGCCCACCUGCUAGAGAAAGCCCUGGGUGGGUCUGUCGAUGAGGGGAAUGGAGUGGAGAGCAGCAGGGUGAACCUCGCUGUGGAUCCGGAUCCACCUAAACCGUUGCCCCCCACUUGUCCUGUGUUGGACCUGGCCCUGCUGCUGGAUGUACCUGAUGAGACUGUGGUCACACGUACAUUCAGUCACACAGAUGUGGAUACUGCUGCUGAUACGACCUCCCAUCCCACAGACAAAAAUAUGUAUGUGGCACAGAUUCCACACAGGAUCACUGCUUUUCAGGACACCUGGCCAAAACUUGAGGAAUGGUUUGGGGAAAAGCAGAACAUUUUGGUUCGUGUUGAUGCUAAUGUGGUCGAGGAGGAGCUUUACAAGAAUCUGGAAUCCAUCCUGCAGCAAGUUUUGAUGCAAAAACAAGAUCACGUCACUCCUCCUGUUGAACAUGUGUUGGACAGUGGGAAAGUUCCAGACUCUUCAACCGAUGAAGCCUCCAGACCCAGAGAGUCCAAAUCCAGCCUUCACAAGGGGAAAGCCCACCGUGUGAACUCAUUUAAAAAAACCUGCACACUCCCCGCCAAAGGAAAGACGGCAUCUUCCGUGACCAGUGAGCACAAGAAUUCUCAUGAAUCUAUCUAUGUGGACGAUCCCCUUCCUCCAGGAAUCUCAGAGUAUCUGUACACCCACUGGGAAACGAUAUGUGAUUCUUAUGUGAACAACACAAAGACAGUGAUGCAGCAGCUGCGCUCACAAAGCGUUGUUAUCAGCCAUCACCUGUUCAACAUCAGAGAGGAGUUCAAACUUUACCUGGGGCGUCCAGACAUGAGGCAGGAGUUGGUGACUCAGUGGCAGAAGGACUUCAACAGCAUAUCUGAUGAUAUGAGAGAUGAUGAGGACACUAAAGCAGAGCUCCACCUGAGACUUGAUGAGCUGCGCGAACGUCUGUGGGACAUCAGUGACAAGCGCAAGGAGCAGGACGAGCAAGAGAGGACUUCUGUCAUGACUAACGGCUGGCUGGAGGAACAUUCUGUCAUCCUCGUCAACCACCACUCCAUCCUCACGCAGGUGGAGUUGGACCGUUUCCAGGGGACCGUCAAUAUUCUCAGAGUGUACUAUUUUAGCAUGGAAAGACAUGCGCUGCCUGAACCACCCACCGACUUUGUCUGUAUCCGCCUACUGUGCAUCCCAGAAAAGAAUGACCAGGACAAGAGCACCGAGCCAAGUGUGUGUAGUCAGCUGGAUGACGGGGAGGAAACGAAGAUAGUUCAAUUUGUUCCCCUUCUCCCCAAAAGUCCUGUCUCAACAAAUGGGGUCUCCAAGACUCCAAGAAAAGAAGAAGGCCAGGCUCAAACAGAACAUGUCAAGACACCCCAGGAGAAACUCGUCUCUGACUAUGAGGAGGCACUCAGAGCCAUCAGCAAAUUGGUGACAGGGAAAGCCCACCAGGGGGAGACAAAAGAGCAGGAGAGUGUACAAGAAAAGGAGGAGAAGGAGAUUGCCUCUGCAAGUUCAAACAAAAAAGGAAAAGGGAAAGCAAAGCAAUCUCCAAAAAAAAAGCAAGGUCCACCGUCCACACCUGUACCCAGCCCUGCACCGGCUGAUGAAAAAAAGCUAGAGGAGACUCACAAUGAAGUCAGAAGCGCGAUUCAAAUAGAACUUACAGCUGCACUUGAUCAUGAGGAGAAUGCAACAAAGGUGCGCAUUGAACUGGUGAAAGGUCACGGUCUGAUGAUGAUGCAGAGGCUGCAAAGCAAAGCAGAACAGGCCUUCGGUGACAUGGAGAAGUGGUUAGAAGCACACUUUCUUUCAGAAAUGAAGAGUAUUGACCAAUUAUCAGAAGUGGUUCGCCAUCACAUAGAGGCUGGUGCUAAGCUGCAGAAGGAGCUGCGGCUGGAAUGCGCUGACUUCUAUCUGAAUGGAGACUGCCACAUGGUGGCCAGCCAGGUUCCCCCUCCCCGUCCACCUCCUCUGGAGAAAUCCACACUCUGCACCCCGACCAUCAAGCAGCUUGAGUCACUUCACCAACAGCUACGCAUCAUCGCUCCGUCAGGCCUCAUGUCCAGUUUUGAGUUUUCCAAUUUGCUCAGGGAUGUCACCUCCGUUAACAUGGGCAGAAACAUCUUGCCUGAGCCCUGGAUGAACAUGAAUGAAAGACAGCUGAUGGAGAUUGCGUCUAUGCUUAUGGACAACUGUGAGCUCAUAGACUGGCGUCGGUUUCUGCUCAGUGCUGCCCUCCCGUGGCCUUUUCCCUCCUUAACACAGCUGCUGGCUGUGCUGCAGCGUUUUAAAACUGCAGACACUGGCAACAGAGGCUUUUUAAACAGGGAACAGUACUUAAAGACAGAGUUGUGGUUUUCCAGUGAGACUGUCCAGCCUGUCCCUGAGGAUCCAACUGAGCCUCUACCCUAUGACCGUCUGGCCAACCUACGCAAGUACUUUUUCCGGUUGUUUGCGGACCACUCUUUCUCUCCCCCUCGACUGGACUAUGUGUCCAUGCUUCAGUACUUUGCUGCCGACCCGAACCCCAGACAGGGCUUCAUCAGAGCACUCAGUGUGGUGCUGGGGAAACAUCUGAAGCACUCCUCACCGGGCCAUCUUGUCAAGUCUAUGCCCAGUAUGGAAGAGGCUUCAGAGCUCAGCCUCUCAGAACUCAAUGGAGAGUGCAAGGAGACUCCCUGUCCAUCCAGCAGUUCGUUGGUCGAGCAGGAAGUGUCCAUCCCUGCUCUCCUUGCUGUCAUUCGCCACAAAGUCACCAAGAUGAAAGACGGCAAGCAGCUUCCUCCAGGCUGCCCGAGUAAGAAGGAGCACACUCAGCACCUGGUCCAUAUUUUCAGAGAGCUCGGCUGCAAGCCUGAGAACCGUGUCCCCUUCUCCAUUCUGUGUCGGCAUCCGUUCAUCCAGGGCCUGAUGGAGACCUCCACACACUACCAGCUCGUGAACAUUCAUGACGUGCUGCUGGCCCGUCAGGGUGAAGGAGAGUCUAACAGCCGGACACUUUCCUAAAAGGAUGAGACAUUACAGUACACGCUGCUGUCGGCAUCACAAAGAGCUCUGGCAAGCAAUGUUGCUCCGGCCAAGAAUUCUCAUCGCAUUUACAUUUGAAAUCGUUACUGUCCACCGUAUGGCUCACUUCAGUAUUGAAUAAAUGCAUUUUCAACAAUAA